AUGGCUCGUCCAGAACAGUUUUCCGAGGCUAUGAAUGAGGUUGACGGAAAAGGUCUCGAUGAAUCAAAGAGAAGCCCAGGAUCCAUCCCUGAGACUGCACCUGCACCAGCCCUUACCGAUGCAGAGCUAGAACAAUACCGACCUUUGUUUGAUUUCGAUGCCGCGACAUUGUUCGAUGCCGAUAAUCCAAGUCAUGAAAACUCUGGAUCGAAUCAAGAACAACAAGUUGAUUUCUUAAAUUCCUCAAAUGAAACUAUUCAAGAGGAGACAAAUUCAUGGUAUGCCAAUGCAGUGGCGACUCAAAUAAAUUCUGAUGGACUUCUGGAACAAAAUGUAGAAGCAAGAGUCCCUGAAUUCACCCAAGAAGAUCAAGCGGUAUUAGAUGCUUUUGGACCAGCUAUCGCUGAUGAGAUUUCCACGAAGUAUCCAACCCAGGGUGGAUUAAUUAUGGCCGAUUCACAAAGUUUGCAGGCUCCUACUGCCCAGAAUGCCGUGCUUCAAGAUUUGGAGCAAUCAAGCGGUACAAGUAAAACGAAUAUCAUCGAAUACCCAGCUUCCAGUCGCGUUCAACAUGAAGAUGACGACACAACACAAGAUCAAUUGGACUCGUUGGUCGAAUGGACUGGAAAGAAGUACCCAUCGAAUAGUCUGAGUUUCGAUCAAUACGAGGAAACCUUUCUGUCAGCGCAAAUGAUAUCAUCAUCACCGAUGAAUCACGAUAAAUAUGCCGCAAGCAAUCAUCAGGGAUCUCAAUCAUCAACUAAGAUUGAGGAAUCAGCACCUGUAAUGACAGUACAGCAUCCGGGUUUUCGUCAGAAUCAAGUUGGAGCUGCUCAAAAUAGAAUUGAGCACAAUUUAUCGCGUGGCCAAGGAGAAUAUAAUGGGUACGAUCGGGCCGCAAAGAUGCAGGGUGAAGAUGAUUGGACAUAUGCAUCACCGCUGCAACAGUAUCCUGAUCCAUCGUGUGGAGAUUUUGAUGUGACUCGAGCCCCAAUGCCCUACCCUUGUCUUCAGGCAUUUGACAGCAAUAACCGCAGAGGAGGAAUUGAGACGCAACGAGCAGGCAACGACCCUAUCCGUAUAGAAAACAGAGUCGAUAACACCAACAGUGUGGCUCAACGUAGUGGAAAUGGCCAACAUGGUAAAGCUAGCCAAGGUUCAAAGAAACGAGCCGACUGGGAGACGCGAGCUGAUGCGGCAAGGCCUAGAGUUCGAAUGACUGAGGAAGAAUAUCAGUGGCUGCGACCAAACGAGGGACCACGUGACGUUUUCGAGACUCAGAGAAGAAAGGUCGCGGAGGAGAGAUUGAAGGAAGAGGCAGAUGCCGAGGCACUUGAGAAGGCGGGGAUGCCUAGGCCUCAACCCAAAGUACAAAAGCCAUUCAAGGGGUGCAUUCACAUCGAGGUGUGGGAGAAGGAUCGACUAAAUAAUCGCCGUCUUGCACAGGGUAAAUCAGGCCGUGAAAUUUUCUCGGAAAAACCCAAGCUCCGCGGAAAGAGAAAAGGUCGCGAAAUUUCGGAAUCAGGACCACAACCAGAGUCAAAGAAGCAAAGACUUGAGCAAAGUGGCCGCUUCCAACCACAACCGACGAAUAGAGAAAUGAGCGAGGGCAUGAUCAACGGCGAAUAUGGCAGCUCGAUGGUUAGAGACGAUGAAUUCAAUUAUGGAAUCAGUAGCGGCCCACAUUACGCUGCAAAUCCCAUGACCGGCCAGAUGAACCAGGGGAUUACCAGCGGCGGCCGUAUCCAUAAUAAUUAUAUCAGCAAUAAUUAUGGCAACAAUUAUGGCAACUUUUAUAGCAAUAAUCAUGCCAACAAUAAAUAUAUCGGCAAUCAUUGUACAGACACCUCAUUUGGAAAUGGUGUGAGAAGCUCGGGAAUGACACGAACUGAAGCCUUAGGCUCAUUUCCUGCUUCCGGCGCUGAUUUUCCUUCCAUCGGCCAAAGUGGUCGCCCGGAAUCUGGCGAAGCACACCAACAUCGUGCUGUAUACAGUCAUAGCCUGCACCCUGAAAUGUUCCAAAGUCAAUCCGAACAAAAGGCUGGAGUCAGCUACGGUAGAAAUAGUGUUCCACCUCCGCCGUACGUCGAAUCAGUCCAACGAUUUACAAACAUUCCGUCUCAGCCUCCACAACGUCCAACUGCGCCAAGGUAUGGAGUCAGCACAUCGGGAACUAAGGCUGUUAUGAAUCCUGCAAAUCAAUCAACGACAAAUGGUGGUAAUGGCAUACCACCGUAUCUAGCUGGACAAAAUGCGCAGGUCCUGAGAUCAAUUGAUCAUGUAUACCACCCGGCUCAAAUCGGAGGAUCGCGAUCGAUUCCUGAUAGCUUGAUUGAUCCAAUGCAGCACUCUCAAGCUCAGUUUCCAGUACCUAGUGUUAUGGGUGCGCAAACGGGAGAGCAAAUCCUCGAAAGCUACAAGUCCGACGAUUUCGACACUCAGGAAAGAAGAGAGUAG